UGCGCGUUCUUCAACAGCACAUUAGCUGCCAGUUGUUCAGAUAAUCAGUCAGAAGUCAGCGAAUCUCGAAACACGACAUCAACUCGAACACCGAGGCGCACAAUGAUACUCGCAGCGCUACCCCAGUCGUCCUACCACAGGCAUCCCCUCGGCCCCACUAGCCUCAACUGCGCGCUUAACCCUUUCGAGAUUCUGAACCACCCUUGACGCGGCUACUUUCCUGGACGAUCUGGUGAUGACGUGCGCCCGCGGAGAGCCCUGUCGUCCUUUGAUAGUUGGAACCACUACUCCCGCGCCUCGAGCUUCUGUGAACAUUUUGUCCCACGGUACCUGGCUGCAGGUGUCGGAUAUCCACCAGUCUCUCUACUGUUGCCGCAUGUCACGGAUACCCGACAGGGGAUCAUCGACAGGGGACCACGGACAGGGGACCACCAACCAGACUCUAUACCCUGACUUCGACUACCCCCAUCUGCCCAGCUCUCAAUGCAUCCCAAUCCUUUUCUUAGCCACUCCCACCUUCUUUCCUCUCAUUUUGCUCUUGCUGUGUGCAGAAUUCCAAAACUCCAAGACGACGUCUAAACCUAAUUACUGGACCUCGCCUCGAAAAAGCAGCCGCCGGGUGCAGGCAUUCUUGUCAAGGUAUGAACUACAAAAAGCUUCUGUCGAAUUCCGUUCUUUAGACUACUGUUCCCGUCGAGGAAUCGCCGUUGCUCAUAUCUUCUCUUCUUCGACUCUCCUUUACAUGGCUCAUUGCCCGUUCAGCAGGCUCUGAAUCGAAUUAAACACUUCUUGAGACCCAGGGGGAUAAAAUUAUUAUUAUUAUUUUUCUACCGAUUGUAAUCAGGGACAACUAAUUAAGAGGAGGCAUCAGUCAAUUGCACGGGGCUUGGAAUCACAGAAGGUUUCCGG